AUGCGAGAAGAUUAUGACCGACAAGGACUACCUCCUCCGAACGAAGACACAGCCCGUAAUCAAUAUCUGGCUAAGGGAGUCUCGGCACCCGACCUGGUCACCGUGAAAGAUUUUCUUCGGUUCUACAUUGCCACGAGCCAUCCGCAGCUGGAGAAAGGCGCGUCGAGGCCGAGGUCAACCGCUGACGCCAUUUGUACCGUCGCCGAGCGGUUCUUCGCCGGCUUCACCCGUGUUACCGGCUCCGAUACCAAGGCAGAGGAUAGAAUGGAUUCGGCGUACCUUGGUGCUCGAGGGUAUUGUUGUCAAUAA